AUGGCAAACAACCCUGCCAACAACCUCAACUCGGGAUUAGAAAAAGGAACGCCACUUAAGAACACGAAUGCCACACCAAACUCCCCAAAGGACACAUACCAAUCCAAGGGAGACAAGCAAACUCAGAACAUAGAAAUUUUAGAUGCCAUUCGUAAACAGCAGGAUCGCCUCAAACAGCUCGAACAAGAAGCCGAAUGUCAGCACGAAGCUGAGCGAGAUCUUCGGAGAGAAACAAGACGGUGUCGAGAGAUGGAAGACAAACUCUUAAAGCUCGAAGCCAACCUCAAAACUAAAACCGCUCGGUCCAACCACGAAGAUAGCCCCCACAAGAACCAAGACCCAUUCACGAAAAAAAUCAUGAAGGCUAAAGUUCUGAAGGACUUCAAAGCCCCUGACAUGACCCCAUAUGAUGGUACAUUCAACCCAAGUCAUCACCUCAGCAACUUUAGGAGCCAGAUGUACCUCACGGAUGCCUCAAACGCGACCCGUUGCAAGGCCUUCCCGACCACCUUGACCAAGUCGGCGAUAAAGUGGUUCGACAUCCUGCCAUCAAAGUCGAUUACAAGCUUCGAUGACCUCGUCAAGAAUUUCUUAGCCAGGUUCUCCAUCCAGAAGGACAAAGCCAAGCACACUCCAAGCCUGCUAGGGAUUAAACAAGGAGAUCGGGAAAGCCUCCGCAGUUACAUGGAGAGAUUCAACAAAGCAUGCCUUGACAUGCAGAAUCUUCCUACAGAAGCAGCGAUUAUGAGACUCAUCAACGGUCUACGGGAAGGACCCUUUAGCCACUCCAUAUCCAAGAAACACCCAACAUCUCUGAAUGAGGUACAAUAA